AUGGACGCUGAGAAACAGCUCCCGGGACCUGGGCUCGCCGCGGCAGCCCCAGUGGACGACCACGACCACGACCACGACAAAGGCCUCGUCUCCAACCUGGCAGAGCAGAGCGCGAUCCCCGAACAACCGUACGGCAUCUGGAGUUUGCUCGCAAUGGGCUAUUCGGUCAGCAACACGGCCAUGAGCCUGACGGCGUCUCUGAUCACCGGCAUUGGCAGCGGCGGGCCCGUGGUCUUCACCUGGGGCCAGAUCAUGAUCUUCAUCUUCUCCCUCUGCGUGGCCUGCUCGCUGGCCGAAAUGGCCUCAGCCUUCCCCCAUCCCGGCGGCCAGUACUACUGGGCAUCGCGGCUGGCACCGCAAUCCAUCCGUCGCGGCGUGUCAUAUCUGGUCGGCCUCCUCAGCUGGGCGGGUGUGGUCUUGACCUGUGCCUCGGGCACGCUUGCCAUCCCGUCCAUGGUCAUCGGCAUGCUGAUCCUACGCAACCCGGACUUCAGUUUCCACCCGUGGCAGCUGUUCGUGGGAUACCAAAUCACCAACAUCUUCAUCGCGUCGUUUAAUUUUGUCGAGUUCCUCCUGCCCAAGGCCAGCCUGUUCAACAUGUGGUGGUCGGUGACCAGCAUCGUCAUCAUCUUCAUCACGGUGCUGGCCGCCUCCCCGACCAAACAGUCGGGCUCGUUCGUCUUCACCGACUACAUCAACGUGUCCGGCUGGAGCGACGGCAUCGCCUUCCUCACCGGCAUGCUGGGGGCUAACUGGGGGUUCACCAACCUGGACGCCGUAACGCACAUGGCCGAAGAGAUCCCCAAUCCGCGGGUCAACAUUCCGCGCGCUCUGAUGGCCACCGUCAUCACCGGCAUCGGCGUGUCGUUCCCCUACGCCGUCGGCCUCAUGUUCUCCAUCCAAUCCGUCGACGACAUCCUCACCACCCCGACCGGCGUGCCCUCGCUCGCCCUCUUCCGCCAGGUGCUGGGUAACGACGCGGGCGCCAUCGGCCUCCAGUGUCUGAUCCUGAUCGCCUUCGUCGGCGCCAUUCAGGGCGUGCAUACGUGGCAGGCCCGCGUGGCCUGGGCUUUCGCCCGCGACCACGGCUGGCCGUUCAGCAGCAAGCUGGCCGAGAUCGCGCCGGCGCCGUUCCAGACUCCCAUCUACGCGCAUCUGUGGUCGUGCGGCGCCGUCGCCCUGCUGGGAUGUCUGUAUCUCGGCUCCACCGUCGCCUUCAACUCGUUCAUCGGCGCCGGCAUUCUGUUCCAGUAUCUGUCGUACUCGGUCUGCAUCAUCUUGCUCCUCCUGCGCGGCCGGAGCAGCAUACCGCAUGGUCCGUUCUGGUAUCCGCGCCUCGGCUACAUCGCCAACCUGGUCACCCUGGCAUGGACCACCGUCACCUUGAUCUUCUAUUGUUUUCCCACCGCCUAUCCGACCACGGCGUCCACCAUGAACUACGCCUCGUGUGUGGUGGCGUUUAUCUUUCUGUAUGCCGGCUUUUAUUGGGCGUUGUGGGGACGCAAGACGUUUACUCUUCCGAGGGAGAAGUUGUGA